GGGCCUGGGGCGGCGGGUCUACCAUCUGCUUGUCUCAGUUGCGGUUGAGCAGGUGACCUACAAAAUACACCCCCUAGUGGUGGCGAUACCGAAGGUACUAGUAGAUAUCAACAUCCUCGCCCACGCUCUCAACCUCCAACCAACAACGUCUUAGCCUCAAACCGCGCGGGCUGGCUUUUGGAGACGGGUAUUAGAAUCACGUCAGAAUCGAAAGCGAUAGAGUUGGGUAUACAACGCUUUCUCCUAGCGGCGAAACAUGGGUCAAGGUACACAGGAAACCCCAUCAAAACAGCCAUGGCGAUCUAUCUUCACCCGCAAGUCGAAGGGCGUGCAAGAUCCCCGUGAAAAGCGCGGCGAUUCGCGAUGGGCGUUGGGCAUUCUGGAGGACAAGAAGACAAUUGAGGUGCCAGGCUCGGUUCUGCUGUUAGCCUCUGACCACAAUGAGCCGCUUGGCCUGCGGAACGCACCGGCAAGAACUUCUCACUCGUCCAUCCCAACAGGGGUACACCGUCAGGUCCCCGAUGAGACGGUGGAAUCCCCGAAGAAGAAGACCCGUGAUGGUAAAAUCAUCUUGGACCCGCAGCCCGAAGAGUCAGCCAACGACCCGCUCAACUGGCCGGCAUGGCGGAGAGAUCUAGCACUGCUGUCUCUGGGGCUCUUCUGCAUGGUUGGCGGGGGCACCACCCCUCUGCUCGCGGCAGGGUUCACGGACGUCGCCGAGGAGUACGGUGUCUCCGUUCACAGCGUCUCGCUCACGACUGGUCUCUACAUGAUGGGCAUGGGCCUUGGGUCUGUCAUCUUCUCCCCUACCGCAAUCUUGUGGGGGAAGAGGCCGGUCUAUCUUUUCGGAGCGGUUGUCUACAUCGCGACUUCGAUCUGGUGCGCUUCCUCGCCCAAUUUCAUCUCACUUGUGUUAGCACGCAUCUUCCAAGGCAUUGCCGUCAGCCCUGUGGAGUGCUUGCCAUCGGCCACCAUUGCCGAGAUCUUCUUCCUGCAUGAGCGUGCAUUUCGGAUUGGAAUUUAUACCCUCUUGUUGCUGGGCGGCAAGAACCUUGUUCCGCUCGUCAGCGCCGUCAUCAUCCAGAAUAUGGGAUGGCGCUGGGUUUUCUGGGUUGUCGCUAUUGUGGUCGGCUUCUGCGGCUUGCUCCUGUUCUUUUUCGUCCCGGAGACAUUCUGGGAUAGGCAUCCAGUUCCACGGAAGACAAAGUCACGGCCAAACUUUUUCCGGCGGUUAUCGUCCAAGCCAGACGUCUUGCAAGCGAAGCGUCCUUCAGCCGCACAGCCGUUGACUGAACAAGCUGUGGAUGGACCAGUAUCACCCGGCGGUCGCCCAAAAGCUCACCAUGUGGGAUUUGCCCCAGAUCUGGAGACAGACAUUGCGAAGAACGCCGAUGCGUCGAGCGAAAGCACUGGCCAAUCCGCGCAAGAGGCUGUUCCUGACAAAGAAGCGGACACUGGCAACCAAGCUCACUCGGGUCACGAACCCGCAUCGCCCCAGGUGCGUUUUCCGACGACAGCUACACGGCCACCGCCCCCGGAGAGGUUACCAUCCGAGACAAGGUCGUUGGGCCCGGCCUCCAGCCGCAGGGAGCACUUCGAUACCGACACCGAGUCGCAGUCCAUUCGAUCAGCCGGACCGGUGCCAUACACCGCCGCCCUGCGCGAGCAACCGGCCCGCUCGUUUGUCCAGUCCCUCAAGCCCUUCAAUGGCCGUUUGAACAAGGACAAGUGGCACAAGGUGGUGGUCAGGCCUCUGAUUCUCUUCUCCUACCCUGCUGUCCUCUGGUCGGCCGUGGUCUAUUCGUGCUCGAUUGGCUGGCUCAUUGUCAUAUCCGAGUCGGUAGCCGUCAUCUACCGCGAAGGGGCCUACAACUUCAACGCUCUGCAGACGGGUCUUGUGUACAUCAGCCCCUUUGUUGGCGGCAUUCUCGGCUCCGCGGUCGCUGGCCGGGUCUCGGACAUGAUUGUCAAGUCGAUGGCGCGCCGCAACGGUGGGCUGUACGAGCCAGAGUACAGAUUGGUCAUGGCGAUCCCCAUCGCCAUCACGACGGUGAUCGGUUUGAUGGGCUUUGGCUGGUCAGCGCAAGUCCACGAUCAUUGGAUGGUCCCGACGGCCUUCUUCGGCAUCAUCUCGUUCGGAUGCACCAUGGGCUCCACGACGAGCAUCACGUUCUGCGUCGACAGCUACAGACAGUACGCCGGUGAAGCGCUCGUCACGCUGAACUUCAGCAAGAACGUCCUACACGGCCUCGUCUUCAGCUUGUUCGUUACCGGGUGGCUUGACGAUGACGGUCCGAAGACCGUGUACAUCUGGAUUGGCAUCAUCCAGCUGAUCCUGCUGCUCUUCACGAUUCCCAUGUAUAUCUUUGGCAAGCGGCUGCGUAUGUGGACGGUGCGCAGGAAUUUCAUGGAGCGGUUCUAGAGGAGUUCUGGUAUACAUAUUGGAGGUUUCGGUUCAAGGGCCGGGGUUGCUGGUUAAUUUGGCGUUCGCUCGUUGCAUGUCAUACUAUAGGGAAGCAUCUUCGACAUGUUGCACCUUGGAUAGAGGCGGGCUUCAGGAGAGAGGGGCAUUUUGACCUAAUCAAGACACAUAAGACACCUUGUACGUAAGGCUACGCAAGGCUCUAGCGGUCCCUACACCAACAAUGUCCGUGACGUCAUUGCUCCCUCCCAAAUUUACAAGCUGGCUGUUUUUGCUGCAGGCUCCGUAGAUCUACAGUCUUCAACCACACGCCCACGCGAUCAUGGGAAACAAGAACCGACCCGAUGAAAGGGUAGUCUACCUGACCUUAAGAAAGGUGU